GGUUGGGAAAGACGCACGUGACCAACCAUGGGAAAGAGAAAGCUAGCUCAAGUAAUUCUUGAAAAUAAGAAAAAGAAGAAAAGAACGGACCCAAUACACAAGACGCAAAAGACCACGGAAAAGACCGGGGUAGUGGCCAGAUGGACAAACAAAGAAAGGACACUAAUCUUUGCAUCGCGAGGGGUAUCCUAUAGAGGGCGCCAUCUCAUGAAUGAUCUCCGAACUCUUUUGCCACAUUCAAGAUCAGAUUCCAAAAUGGAUAGAAAAGACAAUGUGUUUCUUAUCAAUGAAGUCUGUGAAAUGAGAAAUUGUAACAAGUGUCUGUUCUUUGAAGCAAGGAAAAAGAUGGAUCUUUACCUAUGGGCAGCAAACAUUCCUCAUGGUCCGUCGGCAAAGUUUCUGGUAGAAAACAUUCACACAAUGGCGGAAUUGAAGCUGACAGGGAAUUGCCUUAAAGGGUCACGCCCUCUGUUGUCCUUUGACCCCCAGUUUGAUGAGUCACCUCAUUUUAGUCUUCUAAAAGAACUCUUCAUUCAGAUAUUCAGUACUCCUUACCUACAUCCAAAGAGUCAGCCUUUCAUUGAUAACAUCUACACAUUCACUAUACUGGAUAAUAGGAUAUGGUUCAGAAACUAUCAGAUAGUAGAAGAGGAUGGGUCGCUGGCUGAGAUAGGUCCUCGUUUAGUCCUCAAUCUCAUCACGAUCUUCAACGGUAGCUUCCGUGGUCCCACUCUCUAUGAAAACCCACAUUAUGUCUCACCAAACCAGCACCGUCGAUUGAUGAAGAAACAAGCAUCGCUGAAAUACCAGAACAGGGUUGAGUCCAAGAUGGGUCGUAUCGAGAGGAAGGAAACGGAGACGUACAAGAUGGACAAUCUAGAUGAAGUAUUUCAUACCAUCAGACCGGAAGACGCUAAGGGAGCAGAGAAACUGACAUUCUUCAGGAAAUGAAGGAGAACUCCUGCAUUUUUAAGAGAGGAGGACCAUAGAACUGGACAUUCGUCAUGAAUUAAGUAAACUCCUGUAUAAGAAGUCUACAUGCCUGCUACACUUUAACUCUUAACGUGCCACUGUUGCCAGUCGACACCAAAUGACACACAUAAAUCCCAUUGAGGU